AUGAGCGGCGAUCUCACCGGCUUCUUCUAUGGCACUCUGAUGGCCCCAGAAGUCUUCUUUAGCGUGUGCUACGGCACAAAGUCCCCUCCCGCCGCCAUCCAGGCGCUGCACUCGUUCGCGCCGGCCGUGCUCGACGACUACUGCCGGCACCGAGUGCAGUACGCCGAUUACCCGGGCAUCGUGCCGCAGCCGGGCCAGUCGGUGCGGGGCGUCUACGUGACGGGGCUGACGACGGCCAACAUGCAGAAGCUCGACGACUACGAGGGCAAGGAGUACCGGCUGGACACGGUCAAGGUGCGGCUGGACGGGGACGAGGAGGUCAAGGAGACCAAGACGUAUGUGUUUUUGUUCCCCAAGGAGCUAGAAGAUAGAGAAUGGGACUUUGAGGAGUUCAAGAGGGACCGGAUGAAGCUGUGGACGAGGAAUGGGUACUGCGAGGGGGACAUUAAAGAAUAG